AUGGGCGACUCCGCUUCCCCAACCUCAGGCAAAGGCAAAUCGCGCGCCUCAGACCCAUUCGAGCGCUCCAACGACCUCGAGUCCGCCCCCCUGCUCAGCUCACCAUCGUCGAGCGGCGGGAAGCGCAAGCAGCGAUUGAGGCACGGACGGGGUCCGCUCGUUCGUGAAGACUCGGAUGCGGACGAACCUUUGCCGUCGAACGAUUCGGACGAGGAGGAAGAGCAGAGGGUCCGACUCGUUUCGGCCCAUCCGGCGCAACACGCUCGUGCGCGGUGGACGCUCUCGUCGAUCGCCUGCCUCAUCUUCGGACUGAUCUUCUGCCUCGCACUCCUUGCACUCGCGGUACUACACAUCUGGGUCGGCCGACUCGUUUCGGAACAAGCGCGCCACGGGACCGCAGAGGAGAUGGCUAAACGAGGGAUGGUUUGGGCUGGUCCGUCGGCUGUGAGGGUUCAAGCGAGUGAGGGGGGAGAAGGGUUGGUCGUCGAGGUGGAUGGGAUGGCGGGGAUUGAUGUGAGGAAGGCGUUGGAUUGGGAGGAGAAGGACGAGGGUGGGUGGGUGAGAAGGACGGAGGGACGGAUUGCGAGGUGGGGAGUCAAGAAGGCGAAGAGUGUCACGGUCGAUGUCGGCGAAGUUGCGAUCUACGAUGCCAGCGGCGACGACGAGGAGUCCGCCUCCGCCGACCCUCUCGUCCUCGUCAACUCGCUCGACUCGCUACGUCUCCCCCUCUCCUAUCCGACACUCUCCAACCCUCUCCCCACAAUGCAGCCCUUCACCCUGCACAUCCCCCUCUCCUUCCCCUCCCCGCAGCACCUCGCCGACUUCGCCAAAGCGGUCUACCAAUCGAAAGACUACCGCGUCCGUGCGGAGAUUAGUGAGGUUGUUGCGCAGGUUGGGGAGGGCACGGGGAGGGGACCGGCGGGGUGGGUGAUGAGGAGGAUCAAGAAGACCAAGGUGACGGAUCUGGCGAGGGUCGUCGAGGGCAAGGUCCCCGACUUGCCGACGGACACCGACCCGGCAGAGAUGGUCAACCUGACCUCGUACGGCGUGUACGAGACGACCUCGCCCGCGCACCCAAACGAGACGGUCAUCGCCCUCUCCGCCUCAGCCAUCUUCCAGAACCCUCUCGCCGACGCAAUCCGCCGAGGUCGUCUGCCCGUCGUCGCAUGGGGCGUACCCUUCCGACUCCCGAUCUCGGUGCACCUCCCCCUCCCGCCGCUCCCGCAGCAGAAACCUGGCGCGCCGACCGAGAUCGCGCUCGCCAAGAUCUCGAGCUUGCCGUUCUUCUUCCCUGCCGAGAGCGACUCGGCGAAGCUCGACAUCUCGGGCCACCUCGUCCCGGCAGGCAACCUCACUCCUCCCGCGACUCGGCCGCCUACUCCUCCGCCCGAGGACGGCGCCUUCUCGUCGCUCAACUCGAACGAUCAGCCUCCCCUGUCCCGGGCGCUGAGCCGCUUCGUAGCGCGCUACCUCUCCGGCCGAUCAAACGACGUCUACAUCCGCUACGACUCGACGCCCGAGCCUCCUCUCCCCGGCGACCCAGCUCCCGACGCACCCUUCCCGCCUCGCUUCGUAGCCGACAUGGUCAAAGAACAGACCUUCCAUGUCGAAGUCCCGGGAACGAACGAGACGCCCGACUUUUUCAAGAACCUGAGGAUGGAGGAUAUGAAGAUUCGGCUGGGCGGAGGGGACGACUCGAAUGCUGAUUUGCUCGCAACGGGCAAGGUCGUGGGAGAGGUCGUCCUCCCCGAUGCGGCGAAGAAGCUGGCCAAGGGGAUUGACGCAAAGGUUAUUUGGCCGGACGUGCUCGUCUACGACGGCGAGCUGCCGCCUCACCCGUACUCGGCAGACGAGGAAGGCGUGCGCGCCGUCGAGGGUCUCGCCCCAUCAGCCGCGGACCAGCUCCCACUCUUCCCCUCGACCGCCUCCUCGCCCGACAACUCCGACUCGACCGCCUACCCUCCCUCACCCGUCCCGCGCAACGCCUUCGCCCGCAUGCGACCCGCCCAGCCCAUGCAAGCAAAGACAAUCCAUAUCCCGGGUAACUCGACACACAACGCGACGACGCUCGUCGAAGCCGCCUUCGUCGAUGCGCCGCUGUACCUCCUCCCUGGACGCGGAGACGUUCUUCGCCGCUUUGUGGGCAAGAUCAUCUUUGGUGGGAACCAUGUCAAGGCGAGUAUGGCCGGAAUCACGAGCGUACGGAUUGGCUUGAGCGGGUUUGGCGAGGUCGAACUUGUCGAGAUUCCCAUUGAAGCCAGCUUCAUGGUUGGCCGCGGCGGCAUCGAGAACCCGCCUUCGCUCGCUCGCCUCGUCGGUCUCGACUAG